AUGGAGCAAGAGAGUCAAGAGAAAAUGUUAUUUCAAAAGUACUUGGAUCGAACAAAUAAAUUUUUAAAUAUUACGGGCAUGUACCUGAAGGAGGAGGAUAGUAAUAGAUCACUAAUACAACGCCUUCGUCAUCGUUGGUUCUACUGUUUUAAUUCUAUCUGCUUUAAUACAGCUAUUAUUGGACAAAUCGGAUGGUAUAUCGAAGCUAUUAUGACUGAUAAAAGCAUUACAGAAAUCACUUACUUCAUGCCGUGUGUCACACUUUGUUUCUUAGGAAAUUUGAAAGCCUUUUAUUUUGUGAAAUAUGCUCAUUAUGUUAACGGUGUAGUAGACAAUUUAAAAAAAUUGCAGAAUUUGUCUUCAGAAAAGCAAAAAUAUCGAGAUGACGUCGAAGAAGAAAUGCUAAAGAAUGGAUUGAGGAUCUAUAACAUGUUUACGUACAUGCUUGUAUGUACAAAUGGAUGUGGAUUGUUAUCGUUUAUAAUUGGUCCCCUACUCACUAUGGCUGUUUAUUAUUAUACAACCAGCAAAAUUGUAUACCUUGUGCCCUUUUUUAUAUGGUAUCCUAACGAAAAAUAUGUAAAUUAUGCUUUUCGAAGACAAUUUAGAGAAAUAAUUCAAAGGCAUAAAAUAUUAAUUGAUUGCGUAAAUUUACUGGAAAUAAUUUACACUAAAUCGACUUUAUUCAACGUUGCUACAAGUUCGCUUAUCAUUUGCGUUACCGGCUUCAAUAUAACGACAAUAGACAACAUAAUCGUGAUGAUGCCUUUCAUUUCUUUCCUUCUAAUGGCUUUGCUACAAAUAGUUGUUUUAUGUUACUAUGGCGAUAAAAUAAUGGAAUAUAGCUUGGAAGUAAGUAAUGCAGUAUACAGAAGUCAGUGGUAUAUGGCUGAUGCUGCUGUCAUGAAAGAUUUACUAUUUCUGUCCCUCAGGACUCAAAGAGCAUGCAAACUAACUGCAUAUGAAUUUACUGACAUUAAUUUAAAUACGUAUGCUAGGAUAAUAGGCAGGGCUUGGUCAUACUUUGCUUUGCUGCAAACAGUAUAUGGACGAAAAGGCGCUAAAAAUCAUUAA